AUGCAAAAGAAUCUGCUAUUGUUUUCGAUUUUAAUAGCUUUAUCAAAACCAGACGAUCGCACUGUCAAUGUUGCCAUUGAGACAUCGUUUCAGUUUGAGCCGGAGGACAUUAAUAAUGAAAAAGGUAUUGUGACCAACUUAAAGUCGUUCAUAGAUAAAAUCUACCGCUCACUCGAACCGGCGGCGUCGCUAACCUUCCGCCAAACUCCUGACAAAAUAACAUUAUCAAAUUUCUUAACGGAUUUCGGAAACAGCGUUCUUAAUUUAACAGACGAAAAUGUUCAAAAUGUUGUCAAAAUAUUAAACAAACAAUUACAAGAGUACAAAGCCUCUGGAUCGUUCCGCAGUAUUUUCUCUGAUUCUGAUUUAAAAAAAGACCUAACGAAAACAGUUCACAAUUGGUCGAAUACAGACGCUAAGAAACUUAAAAAGAAAUUGCAGAAAUUAAUGAGAGAUGGCAACCCUGAGUUACAGAAGGUCACAAGCCAGCUUAAUACGUUGUAUAAUAAGCAAGAUUUGAAUACUUUCUAUAAUUUUAAGAAAAAGCUAAAUAAGUAUUUACGCAAAAAUAAAAAUGUAGAUAACUUAAUAAAAGAUUGGUUGGAUUUUAGCAUUUUUGAACGGUACAAUAAAUUGAACGCCAGCUCCAAGGUGACAGUAAUGGACAGUGUGAGAUCGUUGUCAGAUUAUUUUACUGGCGACAACAGAUUAAAAACGCAAGAUGACAGCAACGGUUCUCUAUGGUCUGAGCAUGAAGAAGACGUGUCAGGGAGUGCCGGAGACGGCGUACAUAAGCGUCGUGAACACUCGCAUAUCUUGAUUUCAAAAAGAAACUCUGACAUAAAUAAUGAAAAGGACGAUGACAAUAAAACAACAAAUACUUUACAUUUAAUUGAGAAAUUAUUAAAUAACGAUGUGUUCGGCAACUUGAAGUUAUAUUUAACUAAUGAAAAUAAAACUAAAUAG